CAGAAUUCCGUAAUUUCUUAAAAUCUUCAAUUCAAUAAAAGAGCAAUAUCAUGCUUUUAACAGCAGAUAACUAUAAUUUUACAAGUCUUGGACCCAACAAAUAAGGCAACUAUCUUCCAGGGGCUUAAGUACAAAUUUCGUAAUAAAUUUUCACCCUGCUCCGAAAGCCCGACACCGCCACCUGGGCUGGCCACUUAGCCGGUCAAGGCACAGCCCGCGCCGCGGUGGGGGCGGCCCCCCCACCCCGCGCGGGUGCGAUCACCACUCAGCCCCGUUAGCGUGCGCCGCAGAGUAAGCCGCCUAUCCCUAGGCGGUGCCCAGAUCCACCCCACCUCCCCACUACCCAACAAAAAUAUGCCCCCUUUCUCCCACCUCCUCCGCACCCCAACCACCACCGCCUCCAAACCCUCCUCCCUCAUGGCCUCCUCCUCCUCCGCUGCCGCCGAUGCGUCCAAAGACCCACCCUCCUCUCCCGCCCCCACCCCCUCCGCCGCCGCCGCCACCGCCGCCGCCGCCGACGGCGCAGCGGUGGCCGCCUCUCUCUCCCCGUCGCCGUCCCCAGCCCGAUCCCCCUCCCCCCUCCCCCUCCCGGCGCCGCACGCCGCCGCCCCGGUUCCCCUCUCCUCCGCCUCCUCCCGCCGCCUCCCUCCUCCCUGUUGGACCCACGAGGAAACCCUAGCCCUGAUCGAUUCCUACCGCGACAAGUGGUACGCCCUCCGCCGGGGCAACCUCCGCGCCUCCCACUGGCAGGAGGUCGCCGACGCCGUCGCCCGCCGCUGCUCCCGCCUCCCUCAGGCCUCCUCCAAGACCUCAGUGCAGUGCCGACACAAGGUCGAGAAGCUCCGCAAGCGCUACCGCGCCGAGCGCCAGCGCUCGCUCGCCCAUGAUCCCUCCACCCCUCCCACAUCCUCCUGGAUCUACUUCCGCAAGAUGGAUGCCAUGGAGCACGGCGGCGCCUCAUCCGCCCCCUACGCUUCCGCCUCUGCCGCCUCCCGCCCCUCCCCCUCCCCCGCUCCACCGCGCUCUCGCUCCGACGAGGACGAAGACGAUGACGAGGACGAAGAAGAUGACGAGGACGAUGGCGGCGCCCGUGCCGGUGGAGUCGGCAGCGGCAACACCCGCAGCCUCCACCGCCUCAUGGCCAACGGGGGCGGGAUCGGCGGUGGGCUCAGGUUCACGAUCCCGAAGGCGGUGCGGUCCAAGAUCACCACCGGAUCUAGGAUCGAGGAGAGGGCCCCGGUCCCGAGCUCUGGCGGCGUCAUGAACCCUAGCCCUACCAACCGGUUCUUCAGGGGCUAUGGCGGGGCAAGGCCGGCGAUGGAGGAGAUGAGGAGGCGGCUGGAGAAGAGCCGGAGGAGAAGGAAGCGAGACUCGCCGGAUGCGGUCGGGGAGAUGGUCUCGGCGCUGAGGACGCUGGGUGAUGGGUUCUUGAGGAUGGAACAGAUGAAGGUGGAGAUGGCGAGGGAGAUGGAGAAGGUGAGGAUGGAGAUGGAGUUGAAGCGCACCGAGAUGAUCCUCGAUUCCCAGCGCCGGAUCGUGGAUGCCUUCGUCAAGGGCUUCUUCCGGGGGAAGAAGAGGUCCAAGGUCUCUCCGGAGGCUUGAAAAGGAGCACAACUGUUACAUUCAUGUUAAAGAACUUCUACUUGGAAUAUUGCUCAACCUAUGCUGUUCUGAGGUCUCUUAAAAUUUGGUUCUUAAACUUCAAUUGUAUCUUUUAAACUUUGACUGCAUGAAGCACUAGCCAACUCCUGGCUUUCCUCAAGUUAAACAGCCAAUAUUUUUCCUAUUGUGAAAAUAUUUGGCUUUUUUCUGUCAUUGGUGGAACUUAGUAUGGUUCGAGUUCGCAAAUUUGUGAAAAAGAAAAAACUCAAUACCCGUCCUCUUAGAUUGUCAACUGUUUUAUUACGAUCUUGUCUUUAACAUUAUCUUUUCAUGCUUGGCAUAUGUUCAAAGCCUAUAAUUCAUUAUAUGGAUAAAGCAUUACCUUUUCACUAUAGUAUAGUGCAUGUUUUCUAGUAAAUAAAGAAAAAUAAUCCAUGCCACAUAUUCCUAGGUUCAAAUAUGGUUUGAAUUUUAAAGUUGAAAUCAAAAUCUUUCUGGCCAUCUUCCUCACUCCUAAGGGAUUUGCAGUCAAGUUUGAGUUGGAACUUUUGAUUGUUUAAUGCAAUGUUAGUCAUACAUCAUGCUCCUGGGAUGCGCAGCACAUUUGUAUAGUUUUUGAUCAGCUGAGAAUUCGAGUCUUGAUUUGCAGACAAUCAAAGGUUCAAGGACACAUUCACAAGCUCUUCCUAAUCUGGCCGUAGGUACUAUUUUACCUACGUUUUAGCCUUUUGUUUUGAUUUUUAUUUUAAUUAAUAUAAACUUCAUGAAUUAUAUAGUCUAGAACUAAUGCACAAGAGCUCUGGUUUAUUUUGCAAUGUAAACAUCAUCAAUCAUGUUUAAUGCUUAAGUUUAUGUUUCUUGUAGUAAAGCUUAUAUCUAAAUCAAUUGACAGAAGGUACUUAUAAGCUUAUUCUCAUCUAGAGUCUUAACUUAGGGUAAGAUUGGAUCUCCUUGGACUUCGGUUUUGUUGGUGCACAUGGUGGUUUUUUUGCUGUAUUUUGAUAGCUCUCAACAUGUGAAAAUAGCGGAAAACAAUAACAGCAAUAUCUUUGACAUUAUUGCUUUUGUUUGCAAAAAUUCCCUUUUGAGGCUCUGAUGCAGUGGAUUGCAAUAAGGUAUAUUGGGUGUAGAAAGUCCGAUUAGGUACUAGCUUUCUGGUGGCAUUUUGUAUGGCCAACCAGGGGUCAAGUUAAAAUUAUCAGAUUGGUUUAGCUUUUCAUUUGCUAAAUGGUAGGUCGUAUAAGUAAUAUGGCUUAUCGAUUUAUGACAAACGGUUUUUUUACAUAGAAUCGCCGAUGUUAAUUCUUCUUGUAAAAUCGGGGUUUGUUGAAUUAAUCUAUAGUCCGUAAAAAUUAAAUAGGGAAGUGAAACUUCUUUUGUUUAUUUAGCACAUGUUGUGGGGUGCAAUCAAGUAUUCACCUGGUUGUUUUAUAGUUUGAAUGUAGAAUCUUACCUAGGUGCAAAUCAAGAUUAAGCUAGGUAUCUAGAGUCUUCCAGGUGGAAGUCAGAGAGUAAGAUUGGCAUUUCAGCUAUUAAUGUUGGGACCUGCUUUUCUUCUGAAUGUCCACCUUAUUGUGUUACUACAUGGAAUAGGUAGCUGUUGUAAGCUUCUGAGAAAAUCAUGCUGUCAACUUCUCUCUUUUGUAUUAAACCAAAAUAAUAAAAAAUUGAAGGUGAUGACUCCAGCUACUCCUUAUGAUGACUCCUGGUCUUUCCUGCUGAAUUGGUGGCAAAAAUCCUUGGUUUGUCUUCCAUCCAAGGAAGUUGUUGCAAGACAAAUGACUUGUCUUCAAUCAAGUAGAGAUUUUGCAUUCACCUUCAAGUAUUCAUUGAGAUUUCACACGGAGGUCAGUGUCACUUUGUCUCUUCUGCAAUGUGGUGCAAUCUGCAAAACGUAUGGUGAAUGUUCUUGUUGAAUGAAAUGAUCUCAAUGUUGACCUCCCCCUAUCAUAUUAGAAUUUUGAUCAGCUCCUAUCUGCGUUUAACAGAACCUUAUUUAGUAGUCAUUUUUAAAUAAAAUAAUAUAAUUGCCUGAGCAACAAACUAUCAUUGUAUGGACUAUGGAGGUGCCUUUAUGUCUUUGAGGUUCUUGGUAAAUAGGGGUUUAGAUUUGUUUACAAUGGAUAGAUUAGAUGAAGGAAAAGGAACCUAAGGAUGCUUAAAGCUGAUUUCUAGUAGGUGAAAGGCUUGUUGAUUAUGGUUAUGUUUGUGCACGCACACAUACACAAAAAAGAAUGAGGAUGAAAGAUUAAAGAAAUACUAUCAUUGCUAGGUUAACAUUGUUUGUUGAACCAGAGAGGUUUUUUCGUCGAUGUUGGCCAAUCAUCCUACAUUGAUGACACAUCUAAGUUGUAAAUUAGCACCUUUGCGGGUGCCUGAAUGAUGUAAGACAAAUAGGAUGCACACAGACAGUCUUGUAAAGAGAAUGCUCCAGGUUUUUGACAAAAGUAAGGAAAUUUUUGACAGAUAAGUUAAAGGACUUAAAUUAGUAUGUAAAACAAGAAAAUAUGAGAAGCUGCACCAGUGAAGGGUCUAGUGACGGGGAACUAAAUAGGAUUUUAUACAUCUGUAAUGUGUGAUGGAGGUGUUCUUGAUAUGAAGGAUUUGCAGUGAACUUUAAACAAAAUAGAAAGAGCUUGGAUGCUAUUCCAUAUUGGGAAAAGGAGAGUCGGGACUUAAAUGGCCUGGAUGGAAGAACUUUUGGCCUUCGAUAAGGAUGGGAUAAUGAAUAAAGUAUUUCUCUUAAAAUCUACCUGUCAUGAUUACGGGCUGUUUGCAUGGACAUUAGUAUGAAGGCUAGUGCACAUUCUUUCAUUUAGCCAGGUUGCCAGACCAAGAUCUUGGUUUUCUUGCGGCUGCAUCAUGUCCCGUGGAUAUCUUGUUGUUGAAAACCCUUGGAUUGUUUUUUUUUUCUUUUUUGGUAUACACCACUUAGCCUUUUCAAUUAGCAUGGUUCUGUGAUGUUGAGGCAUGCAUACCUGAUAAAAUUUAAGAAUGGGCAUGAUAUGCUAUCUCCCUUUCCUUUGUUAAAGUUUUUUUAAAAUUUUUAGCCAAGUUAUUCUUGUUAAUUGUACUUGUAUUGUAUAUAUUAACAAAUUUAUUAGUUCUUGUCGUUAUUCUAAUUUGACAACCACUGCUGUCAAGCAAAUGGAUCACACUAUCACUGUUUUACAAAUCCAACAUUCCCCUAGUUAUGUUUCCUGUUGUGCCUCAUCAAUGCUGACUCUUUAUGUUACCAACAUACUGACAAAGCAAAUUUAAUAUGUUUUUUUCUUUUGAACAAAGCUACCUAAUCAUGUCGAAUUACUAUUAUGAUGAGAAGUGAAUCAUGUCAAAAUGCUAUAGAGAACUAAAAGACAAUGAUACUACUGUUGCAUUAUCUUUGUGCAUUUUUUCUUCUUGUGAGGGCCAUAAACCACCUUAUCACUUCGCCAUCUCUCAACUUGUUAGCAUACUCUAUGAUGUGUUAUUCCUUGUUCAGGGUUUUACUACAUGGAUCUGAGAUCGUUUAGUUAUAAAAGAUCUUCUGUUUGACUCCAUCUGUUCUGGAAGAUAGGGAUAUGAGAUUUAUUCAGCAGGAUGUGGCAGAAACAUUUGCUUCUCUGGCUUUAAGGUGUUCUGAGGUAUCUCCUAGGACAUAUUUUCGACUGUCACAGACUCCAUGGGUCGAUGAGAAUACCCCCAGGUUAAGAUUUUAGGGAAUUAGCCAGAAACAAGAAUCUAUGCUUCUAGUUCUGUAUUUGAUAAUGAUUGAGGAGGAUGGCACCUGGUGUUAUAUUAGUGGGACAUGGUGGUGGGGUUUGCAUGAUAGCUUGCAGGUGAUCAGCCAUUCAACAUGACUGCCAUCUUGGCAUCUGGCCAUCCAAUGAAGUCUCUGCGUGGGGCCUUCCAACUAUUAGAAAUACUGAUUGGUACUGAGACAAUUGCCACGAGGGGAGUCUUCAGCUAAAGAUGGUUCCCUUCUACUGGCUGCAUGAGUCACCGGUGAGAGCACAUAGAAGGCAUUUGACUUGGGGACCGUUAGCUGAGAGGGCAGUGCUCCUAGCAUCGCUGCUGUGUAACUUGAGCAAAUUGAUUGAUUUCUAUGAUGGGGCCAUCUCCUGAAUGAAAUCAAAAUAAUGAAAAUCUAGCAGCUUAUUAUA